AUGGACCCCGAGCAGAGGGGCUUCGUGAACGAGAUCGGCGCCCUCCACGAGCUGCUGCGCGCGAGAGACGAGGCCUCCACAGGAGGAGAGUCGUCCUUCGUGCGCAGGGCGCUCGGCGGUGUGCAGCACUGGUCGCUGCGGGACUGGCUGCAGCUCUUGUGGUUCUUCUCGCUAAAGGGCAAGCUGGUGCAUGACAUCUGGACCGACAUAGACACCGACGGGAACGGCUACAUCUCAUUUCCGGAGUUUGUGGAGUGGGCGACAGGCCCUCGCGGCCAAGCGUUCGGCUUCCCCCUGCGCGUAGGCGUUGUCGGCCAAAAGGGCAGGAGCGGUGAGUACGACAUACCGUGCACUGUGAAGGGAUGCCGAUGUAGUCAUUUUGUCUUCCAGGGGGACAGCGAGUUUUGCACUUGUAAGCAUCAUUUCGGGUACCACUCCGCCUCCCCGAAGGACCAGAUACUGGCGGUGAUCCCGAAGACGUGGGAGGCCUACAACUCGGCGCGUUCGGUGGAGGAGCAUCAGCUGUUGCUGGCCGUGGGUCAGCAAGGCCAGUCUCACCGCGUGGAGUGCGGGGAGGAUGUCGUCCAGAGGAUCCAAUGCCUCAUGGACGACUCCUCGCGCCAGAAGUGGACGCGCGACCGCGGCUGGACGGGCGAGGGUCGCAGGAAGGAGGUGCCGCAGGGCUACGAGGUUGUGCGAGUGGACCGCAACGAAAAUGUCCGCGCCUGGUUGAAGUACAUCUUGAAGAAGGCUCUGAUGGUUGAAGCCCACGACGACGUCGAGCCAUUCGAGCCGCGCGUGAUGAGGACCUCCAGACUUGCAGGGACGCUUGGUGGUUCGGACCCCCCAGAUGAGGCAGUAAACGAGUGGUACCUGUGGCACGGCGCCUCGGCCAAGGGCGCCCUGAGCAUCGCGGACAGCGAGUUCAAGCAGUCGCUGGCGGGCACCGUGACCAGCAAGCUGCCGCUGUACGGCAGGGGGACUUACAUGAGCGACAGCUGCACCAAGGCGGACGAGUACGCGCAGGCGGAGGACGGCGGCGUCUACUGCCUGAUGCUCUGCCGAGUGAUGGGGGGCCAGGUCAGGUACACUGACGAGGUCGAGCCUGACGCGGCUGCCCUGGAGCGCGACGUGCUCGAGGGGCCGUACGACUGCGUGCUCGGGGACCGCGAGAAGUGCAGGGGCACCUUCAAGGAGAUAGUCAUCUACGAGUCUUCCCAGGCCUAUCCCGAGUAUCUGGUCUAUUACAAGCGCAGGUACGACCAGCUCAGCACAGCCUGA